AUGUGGGUUCCAGCUGCGGUUCCAGGCAGGACUCGGAGGCUAAUGCCGGCUGGCAACAGCACCACAACCACUACCGCCAACAACAACAACAACAACAAUACCAACAGAAACAACCGGGUUCGGCUCAGCGCGCGGAGCAACGAGGAGCAGGGUGCGGGCUUUCGGCCUGCUGAACGCGGGCGGCAGCGCUGGCGACGACCUCGCCUCAGCUGGGAGCAGCUCGAGUCGGAGGCACGCACAAACCCGUCGGAGUUUCGCGUUGGAACGGUCAAGUUCAUCAAACCAUAUGGCUUUUUAGUGGACAUAGGCGCAGAGCGGCUCGGUCUCGUACCGCUUCGCGAGGUUGCGGACCACUUUGUGCGCGACCUGUCCGCGGAGGCCGCUCCCGGGGACCGCGUGCUUGUUCGCAUUCUCAGCGUCGAUCGAGAUCGGGGCCGCAUUGCGCUCAGCAUGCGUGACCCGUCGCGUACCAGAGAGCGCCGACCGACUCCAGCGGAAAAGUACGCAAGCGCACUGCGAACCUUGGGCGAGUGGGGUACACCAGCCUGGGCAACAGAACCCGUACCUUGUGCGGGGCUGGUAGAGGCGCAACGUCCACUCGACCAGGGUGCAAGUCCUCGGGAUACCAUGGAGUCGUGA